CAUUGUCCAAAGAAGCACCAGCGCCGAGAAUCAAACGCAUCUCUCCUCUCUCUUUGUCACUGUUAUCUCUCCCUUCUCUUGUAUCUCUCCAGUAAAAUGACCGCUGCUACAGCAAGUAUGGUAUCUCAAGCAGCUUUCAAUCAAUCAAAGCCCUCUCUUGCUCUCAAAACCCAGCUAGCCUUUUCUUCAAAUCUCUUCUCUACACCUUCAAGUGUGAGUUUUAGGGCAAAGAGCCAAAAAGGGCUUGUAGUAAAAUGUUCGAUGGCAGCUGCAGAAACGAAUUCCAGGGCUGCUGUUUCUAGUGACAAGGGAAUCAAGAAUCCCAUAAUUGUCAUUGACAAUUAUGACAGUUUCACUUAUAAUCUGUGUCAGUACAUGGGAGAGUUGGGCUGCCACUUUGAGGUGUAUCGGAAUGACGAGUUAACUGUGGAGGAUUUGAAAAGGAAAAAGCCAAGAGGCGUGCUCAUAUCCCCAGGCCCAGGAACGCCCCAAGAUUCUGGAAUAUCAUUGCAGACAGUUUUAGAGCUUGGACCUACCGUCCCUUUGUUUGGUGUGUGCAUGGGGUUGCAGUGCAUUGGAGAGGCUUUUGGAGGAAAAGUUGUGCGCUCACCUUAUGGUGUCGUGCAUGGGAAAGGUUCUCCUGUGUAUUAUGAUGAGAAGGGAGAAGAUGGCUUGUUUUCUGGGUUGUCAAAUCCUUUCACUGCUGGAAGAUACCAUAGCCUUGUGAUUGAAAAAGAAAGUUUCCCUAGUGAAGAAUUAGAGGUCACAGCAUGGACUGAGGAUGGUCUCAUAAUGGCUGCUCGCCAUAGAAAAUACAAGCAUCUUCAGGGGGUGCAGUUCCAUCCAGAAAGCAUCAUAACAUCUGAAGGCAAGAUAAUAGUUAGCAAUUUCAUCAAAAUGAUAGAGAGAAAAGAAGCUGAAUCUGAGAGCUAGAGGCAUGCGAAGACUUGCUCAAUACAUACACUGAAUAAAAGGGAAAAAAGAAGAAGCAGUGGAGCCUUUGGACUGGUAGUUGUGUUUCUCUUACCGUUGGACUGGCAUAUUAAUUCUGUGUCGGAAGCAAAUGGCAAGCGGCUUGUUGUAUGAAUGCAUUAUAGCAGCGAAAGGGAUCCCCUCUUUAUUGGGAAAAAGAACCUGCAAGACAGCAAUUUGCACUCUUUAGUUUUGGAAUAUACUAUUGGCAGAGAAGUUUCCAAAGACUUGUUUUAAAAGUUGACCAAAAACUGCUUAAUUUAUGAGCAUAACAGGGCCAAGCGAGUCCUAUAUAUCCAUUACCUAUUAA